UCCGCCUCGCCCGGUCUGCGGGCGGGAAGCCCCCCGGAGAACCCGGAUGGAACCCGGCGCGGCUGGAGCGGCUGGAGGCGGGGGGGACGCCGCGGGUGCUGCUGUCUCACCGCGCCCCGCAGGAUCCUGCUCGGGGGUCGGACACGAGGAACCGCCGCCUAGACUGGUUCCAGCGCCCGGAGGCUGGGCCCCAGCCUGAGCGGAGAGCGAAGUGUAGCCUGAACGGGCGCCUAAAAGAAGCCCGAGCAUCCCUUGGGCCUGCUCCUCUGGCUCGGAGACGUCGGGUGGAGACCGAGCAGAGUCCUCUUCCCGCGCCGCCGGCGUCCUUAGCUCGCCCGGGCCGCCUCCUAAACGCUCCGUCCUUAUAAUACACCAACAGGUCCUACCAGUUACGAGCUGGUGUUGUUUACAUGCAUUCUCAUAAUUAAACUUCCCAACAGCCCUAUAAGGUAGGUACCAUUGUCCUCCCCGGUUGAGGGACUGAAGCUUGGACAGGUCCCAGCCUAAGUGACAAAGCCAGGAUCCCAGGCGUUUGCCUCUGGCGCAUUUGCUCAGCUAUUGCAUUCCCGUCCCUUUUCUCCUGGCUUUUGCUCUUAACUAUGUAAAAUGUAAUGAUUCAAUUCUCUGCCUCCCUGGACACCCGCACCUACCAUGGACGGGCAUAGGCGGUGGCCAGCAAAAAAUCUGCGACACCUCUGGAAUACUACGUGAGAAUUUUGGGGUGCCAUGUCGAAGAAACGCAAAUGGGACGAUGACUAUAUUCGUUACUGGUUCACCUGUACAACGGAGGUUGAUGGAACUCAGCGCCCACAGUGUGUAUUGUGUAACUCUGUAUUUUCAAACGCUGACCUCCGACCAUCAAAACUGUCUGACCAUUUUAACAGACAGCAUGGUGGUAUAGGUGGGCACGAUCUCAAUAGCCUGAAACAUGUGCCAACACCAUCUGAUCAGAGUGAAACCCUGAAAGCGUUUGGAGUUGCAUCUCAGGAGGAUACCUUACUACAGGCAUCAUAUCAGUUUGCGUAUUUAUGUGCCAAGGAGAAGAAUCCUCAUACAAUAGCUGAAAAAUUAGUGAAACCUUGUGCACUGGAAAUAGCACAAAUAGUUUUGGGACCAGAUGCACAAAAGAAGCUUCAGCAGGUAUCCUUAUCAGAUGAUGUGAUCCAUUCUAGAAUUGAUGAAAUGAGCCAGGAUAUCUUACAGCAAGUUCUAGAAGAUAUCAAAGCCAGUCCUCUUAAAGUGGGUAUUCAGCUUGCUGAGACAACAGACAUGGAUGACUGCAGUCAGCUAAUGGCAUUUGUGCGAUACAUAAAGGAAAGAGAGAUCGUAGAAGAAUUCCUGUUCUGUGAACCAUUGCAGUUAACAGUGAAAGGAAAAGAUGUGUUCAAUCUGUUCAGAGACUUCUUUUUGAAGCAUAAGAUAGCACUCGAUGUAUGUGGCUCUGUUUGUACUGACGGUGCCUCUUCUAUCCUAGGAGAAAAUUCAGAAUUUGUUUCCUGUAUGAAAAAAGAGGUACCUCAUAUCGUGAUCACACAUUGUUUGUUGAACCCUCAUGAACUCGUCACAAAGACAUUGCCUACAAAACUGAGGGAUGCUCUUUUUACUGUGGUGAGGGUAAUAAAUUUUAUCAAAGGGCGAGCUCCAAAUCAUCGCCUGUUUCAGGCUUUUUUUGAAGAAAUUGGAAUAGAGUAUAGUGUUCUCCUUUUCCAUACUGAAAUGAGGUGGCUUUCCCGAGGCCAAAUACUUACUCAUAUUUUUGAAAUGUAUGAAGAAAUAAAUCAGUUUCUUCACCACCAAAGCAGCAAUUUAGUUGAUGGCUUUGAAAACAAAGAGUUUAAAAUUCACCUAGCAUACCUUGCAGAUUUAUUCAAACACCUAAAUGAACUUAGUGCAUCUAUGCAAAGGACUGGAAUGAACACAGUGUCAGCUAGAGAGAAGUUGUCUGCUUUUGUUAGGAAGUUUCCAUUUUGGCUAAAGCGAAUUGAGAAAAGAAAUUUUACCAACUUUCCUUUUCUUGAAGAAAUCGUUGUUUCAGAUAAUGAAGCAUUAUGCAUUGCAGCUGAAAUAACAGUGCACCUGCAACAGAUGAGCAACUUCUUCCACGGAUAUUUCUCUGUUGGAGAUCUUGAUGAGGCAAGUAAAUGGAUACUGGAUCCAUUUCUUUUUAAUUUGGACUUUGUCGAUGAUGGCUAUUUAAUGAAAAAUGAUCUUGCUGAAUUACGAGCUAGUGGCCAAAUCCUAAUGGAAUUUGAGACAAUGAAGCUUGAGGAUUUCUGGUGUGCUCAAUUCACAGUGUUUCCAAGCCUAGCAAAGACAGCUCUAAAAAUCCUUAUACCAUUUGCAACUACAUAUCUUUGUGAGUUGGGAUUUUCAUCACUUUUGCAUUUUAAAACAAAGUCCAGAGGCUACUUGAAUAUGAGUGAUGACAUCCGUGUGGCUAUUUCAAAAAAAGUUCCUCGUUUCUCAGACAUCAUUGAACAAAAACUACAGCUACAGAAGUCACUGUAAGCUGAUAGACUUUUUUAAUGUAUCAUUUUUAAUAUAUUCUUAAUUCCAUUGUAAAAUUAAGUUAUAAUUCUGUCUCUUUUAUAUUUAUGAUAUACCAAAUCCUUUAAAAGUUUAGCAUUUUUAACUUUUAAUUUUCACGUGAGACGUGAAAAUAUGUUUUGAGAAUAAAACCACAAGCAGCGGAAAAGAUUAAGUGCUGCUGAUACAUAGGAUUCUUCUAAGUAUCUGUUUAACCUUUUGAUGUGAUACAUAAAAAAAGACACUCGAGCACUAGAAUAUCCAAGCUAAAUGGUACAACAGGCUACGAAUAGAGCCAAGAGAAAAAGACCUCCCAGAACAUGCAUCUCAUGUUGAAAGUCAAAGGAUGAAAUGACAGACUGAGUCCUCCCACGUCCUUGAGAGUUGUUUUGGGGAGGUUAAUGAAAUCAGAAGAGGAUUAUAAAAUGUUAUAUGAGAGAAGGGAUGAUCCUAGUUAAUGUAAGAUUUAUUUUUAAAUGUAUUCUUUGGAGUUAGUCUCACAAUGUCCAUUCCUCUUAGUUCCUAUGCUCUAAAUUCCAUGACUUUAAUAAACAUCCUAAUACCCUGUUA